AUGACUUUCACCACAGUGAGGUCUGCAGACCCUGCGCUUCGAUGGAAACCGCUUUACAAAGUUCUUUCCAAACCCGGGCCAUGCAGUGAUGAAGAUUGGGUUCCUGGGCCUGAAACAAUAAGCACUCUCGAGUCAUCAAAAGUUCUAGUUAUAGGAGCAGGAGGUCUAGGAUGCGAGAUUUUGAAGAAUCUUGCACUUUCGGGCUUUAAAGACAUCCAUGUUAUCGACAUGGACACGAUUGACAUUUCGAACCUGAAUCGCCAGUUUCUAUUCCGUCAAUCUGAUAUCGGAAAGCCCAAAGCAGAGGUUGCUGCAGCUUUUGUCGAAAGACGAGUAAAAGGCGUUAAGAUCACUCCAUACGUGGGCAAGAUUCAGGAUAAAGACGAAGACUACUACAUGCAGUUCAAGAUCAUUGUCUGUGGCCUAGACAGCAUUGAAGCUCGCAGAUGGAUCAACUCGACUCUCAUUGGGAUGCUUGAUCCCGAAGAUCCCGAAAGUCUGAAGCCGCUGAUUGACGGUGGAACAGAAGGUUUCAAGGGUCAAGCUCGUGUUAUUCUGCCAACACUAUCUUCAUGUAUAGAGUGCCAGCUUGAUAUGCACGCCCCUAGACCUGCUGUCCCCCUUUGUACCAUUGCAACCAUUCCUCGACAGCCUCAACAUUGUAUUGAAUGGGCGCACCAAAUUGCCUGGCAGGAGAAGCGAAAGGAUGACACCUUUGAUAGCGAUGACAUGGAACAUAUCAACUGGGUCUAUCAAGCUGCACUAGAGCGAUCGAGCCAGUUCCACAUCCAUGGAGUGACUUUCCAGAUGACGCAGGGCGUGGUUAAGAAUAUCAUUCCGGCAAUUGCUUCGACCAAUGCUGUCAUUGCGGCCUCGACUACUUCGGAAGCAUUGAAGAUCGCCACGUCGUGCAACCCUUACUUGGAGAAUUACAUGAUGUACGCUGGUGAAGAGGGUGUUUACACUUAUACAUUUGAGGCUGAGAAGAAGCCCGAUUGCCCCGUGUGUGGAAACCUCGCACGUAAAAUGACUGUUGAUCCCGAUAUGACGCUGGAAGCAUAUAUUGAGAGUCUAGGAGAGCGAGCCGAAUCGCAGCUGAAAAAGCCCAGCAUGCGAACAGAGGAGAAAACACUGUACCAGCGUUUCCCGCCUCAAUUGGAGGAGCACACGCGGCCUAAUCUGAAACUCAAGCUCAGGGAUCUGGUGGAAGACGGACAGGAAAUCGCAGUCAGUGACCCUGCGUAUACGAUUGAUUUCCGCUUCCGAUUGGCGUUCAAAUGA